AUGACCAUGAGCUCGGUGGCCGAGACCCUGCUGGGUUCCGACCCCUCCAAAGCCGCGUUCCUGGAGCUCGGCCCCCCCCAGCACUACCCCCUGCACGGCCUCCCCCAGCACGACCCCCCGCCCUUCUCCUCCUACGGCCGGCCCGGCCACUUCCCCUACCCCGGCGGGGCCCCCCCGCCGCCCCACGGGGGUCCCUUCCUGCCCUACCCGCCCCCCGGCGCCCCGCACGCCGCGGCCCCCGGGGCCAGGCUGCACGACACAGCGCCCGAGAAGGCCCCGGCCGUGCCCCACGGGGAGCUGCGCCUCGCCGGGAAGGGCAAGAAGCUGCGCAAGCCCCGCACCAUCUACUCGAGCGUGCAGCUGCAGGCGCUGAACCAGCGCUUCCAGCAGACCCAGUACCUGGCACUGCCCGAGCGCGCCGAGCUGGCGGCACAGCUGGGGCUCACCCAGACCCAGGUGAAGAUCUGGUUCCAGAACAAGCGCUCCAAGUACAAGAAGAUCAUGAAGCAGGGCCCGAGCGGCCCCGACGGGGAGCAGCCCCCGGCCAGCACCCCCGCGCUGUCCCCCUGCUCCCCCGGCCUCCCCCCGCUCUGGGACCUCCCCGGGCCCGGCAAGGGACCCCCGCUGGCCCCCGGGGCUUACAUCAACACCUUCGGAGCCUGGUACCAGCCUCACCCGCAGGACGGAGUCCCCAGGACACCCAUGAUGUGACCACCGGCACCGCUCCGGCACCGCCGCAUCCGCGGGGACACCGAGGGACACCGAGGGACACGGAGAGAAACCGAGGGACACGGAGGGACACCGAGGGACACCGAGGGACACCGAGGGACACGGAGAGAAACCGAGGGACACGGAGAGACACUGAGGGACACUGAGGGACAAGGAUGGACACUGAGGGACAAGGAUGGACACUGAGGGACAAGGAUGGACACUGAGGGACACUGAGGGACACUGAAGGGGACGCUCUGCCGCUGCCCCCCGGGGCACUGGGAGCCCAGCGAAGCCCUGGGGGAGCCCAGCGAA